AUGGCAUGUGGAGGGGAGACAACCAUCUUAAGCGAUUUGCAAAAGGAACUGCCCUUCAAGACAGACUCAGCGGGGAGGUUUGUUUCCGACCCGCAGUGUGUGGUGUUCAACUGUAAGGCGGAAAUGCAUGAGGGACGGCCAGUUGGCAAAGGGGCUGUAAAGUACAUAAUACGGACAGACAUCAUGUACAGGAGGAAGGAGCCUCUCUUCACAAGCCCUGCAGACCAGAAGGCCUUCGCUCUGUGGCAGACGGCGCAGCUGCUUGCGGAGGAGGGGGAGACUGAUUCAGCAGCACAACUCUUUCGGCAGAUGACUAAGGUGUCGCCAGACCUGGCCUACUACUACGGAAUGUGA